AUGGGAGAAGUUGUGCGGAUAGUGGUGUUUAUGAUGCCUUUCAUCAGCUGCAACGCCCUCCUGGAUCUGUCUGGUGUCCAAGAGAUCAAGGGCACAUGGAUGAGAUCCACCAGUUUACCGUGUACCUACAUGCCCUCAGAGGGUUUCACACAGCAAACGCUCAUCUGGAGCAUGGAGCGAGACUAUGGCACCUCUACCAUCUUUCGGAGGGACGAUUCUGGUGACCAUGUCUUGUUGUCUCAGUUCCGAGACCGGGUCAGCGUCCCAAAGCACAGCCCAGGGGACGCCUCACUCCUAAUCGAGAACCUUGAAAUCCCCGACAGUGGACACUAUACCUGUCAAGUCAUCUGGAGGUCCAAAAAUAACAGCUUGAUAACAAAGGAGGUGACCACUACAGUUAAAGUUGUCAAAGUUGCAGCGACCAAGCCCAUCAUCAGGGCCAGCGAGCCGGGGCUGACUUUCCCGGCAGGAGCCAGGGCCAGCCUGACCUGUGUGGCCAACGGGUCUCUCCCCAUCAGCUACCGCUGGUUCAGGAGCGUCCCAGGAGGGAAAGCCCUGCUCCUGAGCAGCCAGGCUGAGCUGGCGUGGGACAGCCUGCAGCCCUCCGACACCGGGAAGUACUACUGUGAGGCCGAAAACAGGGUUGGGGCCAGGGCUGCGCAGCAGAGUGAUGCCGUUCAGCUGAUGGUGAGAGCGCUGGGCAGCCGGGAGACCGCUGCCUGCCCCGCUGCUGUUUGGCGGAGCAAACCCGGCUCUGCCGAGGCCGCAGGGCAGCCCCGGGGAGCGUUACGACGCAUUCACCCUCACGCUUUGGCAGAUGCGCCCGCCGCGAAGCAGGCCGCCGGGAGGGAUGCCGUUUCGGAGGGGCCGCCCGUUGCCACAGGUGAGGGGACCCGUGCUGCCGAGGGCCAGGCUGGCGAACGCCUCCCGCAGACCGAAGGGCCGAACCCGGCCGCCGCCGGGAACGAACCCCGGGGCUGUCAAACACCGGGGGUUCCCCCGGCGGGAGCCGCCGUGCUCCCCCCCCCCGCCCCCGGGCGCGCAACGACUGCCCGCCGUUCGCUUUGCCCUUCUGCCCGAAAGGGUCCGGGCGCGCCGCCGCUGACCGCAGCCCCGGCCUGCGCGGUUUCUCCGGGGUUUGGCCGCAGUUGCCGGUUCCCCGCGGGGCAGACGGACGGACGGACGGACGGCCCUCCCCGCAGCUCCAUCCCCGGCCCCGACGUCCCCAUCCCCGGCCCCGUCGGCCCCAGCCGGUCACUUGUGGGGAGAGGCAGGCUGGGAGGCCAUAGCACUGCAGAUGUCACGAGACCGGGGACUGAUGUGGAAGUCCCUGUUAAGCACCUACACAAGGAGACAAAUUCUAAGACUGAAACAUCCAAUGACACUUUCACCAUGAAAGACAACGGCCAUGACAGCAUAUGCAUCAGGAAAAAUCCUGAGUAUGAGAACCUGGUGAAUGCAAUGGAAUCAGAAUAUGAAAGCAUUUAG